AGCAACAUGUACGGGAAUAGUGGUGAUAGGUCUGCGUCUGACGAUUCUGUGAUUCCGUCGGAACAUGUGAGACGGAUGUUGGACGGAUGUUGGACGGAUCGGAAUCGGAGUCCUUCAUGGCUCCGAACCCUUCGGUGACUUCGGUUGAAUCCAUUUCUAUGACGGAGAUGGUAGCUUCAGAUAGUUCAUUCGAGUCGGAUCCAUCGGAAGAUCCUGAGGAGUUUGAGGAUAUCGUCGAGACGAGUGUGGAGUCUGACAAAGUUGUGCCUCUAGUGGAUUUGGGAGGAAACCCUGGAAGUGUUCCGGUCUCGGAUUUUUUGGACGAGUUUGAAGAGUCUGAGGAGCAGAUGGCGACUGGAUAUCUCUACGGAUAUGUGGACGCACCUAUGUGGGAAGGUCUAGAUGGGGUCUUGUACGAGUUGACUUCAGACGAUUCGGGACAGCCGGCAGUUUAUGCGAAUUCUCACCCGCAAGCUUUGGCUUACAACAUGGUGAUACCGAGUGAAGUGUUCGCUACACCGCCUGGUCCGCCGUCUCCGUAUUUUGUUGAGCUAUCUUCAGAUGAUGAGUUAGCUGAUGCUGAAGAAUCGGGAAUGGAGUUGCCAAUUCCUAAAUUCGUGAAGGCUGAAUCGCUUAGGAUGUCUACCCCGCCAAGAAGGUUUGCGACCCGAACUUGGUAUCCUGGUUAUCAUGGUGAAGAAGGUGUUGAGUCGUCCCAUACGAAUCUUGAGAACCUUGUUGGCGAUCAAGAAGUGCCAGACGUAACGACUAAUUGCGAGACUUUGUUAGCUACUCUUCCACGUGUUGAAAAACUUGGAGUGUUGUUUCCUACGAACGAAACGCUUCACGAGCCAACUCUUGGUUCGAGUUCCUUGGAUGCUAUGAUCCAGAAUAUGAUAGCUGUUGGAACCCUUGGUGUUGAACCGCUCCGACCUCCCGAAGGAACGCCUGUGUGGAGGGAAAGAGUGUUUAGAUCCGCCAAUGGAACCUUCGUGCCAACCAUGGAAUGCGAAGAUGGACUUAUGUCUGAACCCUUGAGGGUGACUCCUUUCUGUUUCACUUGCGGCCAAGAUGGCCAUUAUCCGAGAACUUGUCCUUAUGUUCGUCACUAUCAUCCCUAUGCUCGCCCGUACAUUGUCUGUUUUGAGUGUGGUGAUAAGGGUCACUAUGCGAGCGUUUGUCCCAGGAAGUACCCCGAGAAUCCCGGUCCGUCAAGCCCAAGUCCAAGUGCGUCUACGAGGAAGUUGAAGGGAAACCUUAGUACUUACUAGGAUUUUCCCUAAACCUUCAACAGUUAAGUCCAGGCGAGGUAAGUAUGGGCUCUAACCCAUUGUAUGAUUUCGUGUUGCAUGUUAGUAUCAUUUGCAUUUAGAUGUUUCUCUUUUUCGGCUUGUAACCGCUUUGGCGGAGCGUAUGACUAAGUGUUUAGCGGUCAUAAUCCACGGUUGUAAUGAAACGGUAUGUGUAAA